AGUCUCGAUAUACAUGGCGAAACCGGGGGUGCUGGACGCUGAUGUGUUAUACAAUGAUAACCCUGACAUGAUCUGCCGUAAGGGGUGGCCGUCCGGUGUAAGACCCGUGAUACUACCCGAAUUGUCUAUAGCAACGAUACUGACUGGAGGACACCGUGAUUUUACGCGUUGUAGCGUAACGCUGGGUUUUAUCUGCGAUCAGCGUUCUAACGAUAGUCCUUACGCACAGCGUAUAUGUACCCAUGAGUGGUUGGCGAAAGAGGAAUGGCGUAUGUCCUACGAUGAUAGUCCCAAAUGCCGUAUCAUAUAUCGACGCCCUAUGGACAAAUCAGAGCUAGCGACAUUGAGGAAAAGGUGUAGCAGGCCCACACCGGAGGAAUUACCGCACCGUGCACCCAUGCGCCUGGAGUCGCAGGCCUGGUUAGCGGCAUUCAAUCAUCUCGAGAGAUUACGCGAAAGCUGCGUCACACUGUGGUGCCUGAGAGCCAUGCGAGCGUACGAGACAGCACUACGCAGUCUGGAGAAACGAUUUAAUUUGACAGAGUUUAUUGGGUGUGUUACCCUGACGACGCGGGAUGGUCCACCGCACCUGAAAUAUAAGGAAUACCGAACAAGCGUGGUCAGUAUGCCGGGCGGCCUUUACGCGUACCUAGAGGCACUCGAUGAUACGUGGGAAACCUAUACACCUCACGACGUUUACAACGAUGAGGAGGUGGAGUACGCUGAAGGAUCGAGUAAUUUGGCGUACUACGCGAUGGACACACGAACAGCAUCCCGGCGCAACAUCAGACAUAUACGGUGUACGGCAAUUUUUCGCGACGAGAGCUGCGAAACACUACUGCGGGAUGACCGGGGCGAGAAAGAUAUCAGCGUACAGCUGAUCGGUGGCGAUAUCGACGAGUUCGAUGUUGUUAAAGACUGGUGUGAUCUACUGGCACCAGCUGAUUGUAAUUGAUAAAUAUAAAUAAAGUAAAAAAAAAAACCCAUGUACACAGAGUAGUAGUAUG